AGUAACUCUUUUACUUUUUCAACGGUGAACUCUCUCCGAUCAUCGGCAAAUUUUUUUUUUUUUUAAAAACAGUAAUCGUAGAGAUGCAGAAGCUGAACGACUUCUUCUCCGGUGGCGGAGACGGCGACGAUACAACAACUGAUAAUUUCCUUGAAGAUGGAUCGGAGGGUCUCUGCUCUCUCUCCCCUACCCAGAGAAUGUACGGAUUCGCCGCUUCGUUGGCCACUGGUUUGCUUCUUAUGUUUCUGUCCAUGAUUGUGUUUUCUAUCCCAAUCAAAUUUGCACUGCUCUUCACAUUUGGAAAUGUUCUAGCUAUUGGAAGCACAGCCUUCCUCAUGGGACCUGAGCAACAGAUGAAUAUGAUGUUGGACCCUGUUCGUAUCUACGCUACAUCUAUUUAUAUUGGAUGUGUCGUUAUUGCACUCAUUUGUGCUCUCUUGAUCCACAGCAAAAUUUUAACAUUCCUUGCGAUCCUAUGCGAGAUUUGUGCACUGAUAUGGUACAGCCUCAGUUAUAUUCCAUUUGCACGGAGAAUGGUCUCUGAAAUAAUGAUCCGUCUCUGCGAUACCGAGUUGUAGACUGUAGUCAGUCAUCUGGCAGCAAACACAAAGCAAGUAAGUUGUAUCUACUGGUCUCAAGAACUUGAGAUCUGAUUUUCCGGAAACGAAUCUUGUUUGUUUUUUGACCUGAUCGGGGUGAAUCAGAAGGAAUGCACAGAUUGAGAUUCGUUUAUAGGGGUCUUGAAGCUCUUGUGAGUAUUUUGUUGCUUCAAGCUCUUUUUCUUUGCUGCUUCAGUCUUAAGACUUAACCACUGUUUGGCAUUUUGUGUGAUCAAAUACUAUGAUUUCUUUUAUUCAAAUAUUUGGCUGGAAAGGGAUAUGACUCAUAUCAUAUGAGAAUGAGAGUAAGAGUUAUGAAUAGUCUAACAUGAAUUAUUUUGUUACU